AUUCUGUGAAUGGAGAAAGCACAGAGCAGCCAUAAAGUGAGGGUGAGAGAGGCGACUGCUGAUCACACUGGGAACAAUGUCGGUAACAUGUACAUUAGGGUCAGUGGCGGAUUAUAAUUGGGGCGUUUGGGUCGGCAGCCCCAGGCCCAGGGUGAGUGAGGGGCCCAUCGCCAAUUUGCCAUCCUAAACGCCCCAUUUUGCGCCACCACCAGACCCCAAGUUACAAAAAUAUAUCUGCAGUAGCGACGCACAGCCAGCGCUUCACUUACACGCUGCGCUGCCUGAUGCAGUGCAGACAGUAACAGCCGGCCGGCUUGCUUGAUCCCGCCCCAUUCAGUGCCGCGAAGAUAGGCUGUAAAAAUGAAGCAGGGCGGAUUCGGCGGAAGACAGAGUGCUGAGGAGAGGAGAGGAGGGGGGCACGUGACUCAGUCAGUCACUUACUGUAGCUCCGCCUCCUCCGUCACAGAAGGCGCGCUGCAGUGCUUUAUUCCCGCCCCCGGUCUUCUCAGUGCCACCACUUACUAUUGCCAGCGCCAGGAGUCGGGACAGCCUGGCUGGGUCUGUGAGAGAAAGCAGCAUGGAGGACCUGCUUCAUCGGAGUUAACUUCCAGUAUUCAACCGACUAUCACUCCAUCUGUAGAGAUGACACACCCAUCAUCCACCACCAAACAUUCCUCCGAAGACACCACCAUAAGUGAAGCUACGACUGGUUCUUUCCAAACCACAACUGGAGCUCACCUUGAUAUCACCAGACCAAGCAAUGCCACCCAUACUGCAACGAUGACCACAGUGGCCACUGAGACCAGGAGCAGCUCUUACCGACCCCAGAACAUCGCAGGGUCUGCAAAAAUAUCUCCUUGCAAAUGUGCCGACACUUAUUCCCUGUACCUUCUCCGCACGUGGGCGGUUGUGCUGACCAUUUUUUUUCUUUCAAAGAUACUUUUACUGAUUGGUGUAAUGGUGCUUUUUAAGAACAAGAAAAAUCAGAUGAUGAUGAUGACUUGGAUCAACCACCAUUGUCCCUGAGAUAUUUUGCUUUAAUAAAGAUGGUCUAAUCUUGAA